AUUUGAAUCAUGUUUAAACAAGACAGAGCACAUUUCAACGAUCUGUUGAUUACGUUCACUGGAAUGAAGCGUCUGUCGUCUGUCACCCAGUGUGAUGCAUUACUGUCCAUCUCCAUCUCAUUUCAUUUUCAUGUGAACUCAAGUGUUUUCUUUUUUAAACCAACCUCCAUUAAUCACUGUUCAUGCGUCGUGCACCUUCUACAGAUCUACGGUCGAUUAAAGUGCUUGUCUUUUCCGUAUGGACGCCACUUCUUUAUUCUUUUGUUUCAAUGGGGAGACGACAAACGAGUUCUGUGAGUGUCAUCAUUAAUCUGCUUUUCAAAAUGAAAAUAGCGAGGCCCGUUGCUGGCGUCCAGCGUGAGGUCGAGUUUGCGGGCGACGGGCCAAUGCUUGCUGAGGAGGGCGUUGACUUCCUGGGAGCUGCCUGCUCCGAGGACGCAGGAAACAAGAUGGCGGGAGAGUGUGGGAAGAGGCUGAGCGACUCCUCGUGGGCCUCUGAAGACCUCAGCUGCAGGUCAGAGGUCAGACGGGAGGCGGAGGCCGGCAACGGCAGCCCCGAGCGAACCGGAGCGGCCGACUCCCACAGGGCGAUCAGCCUGGACGCCUCCGAGUGUCUGGCGGAGAUGAGCGACCUCUCGUCUUUAGUCAGGAGCACGGCUCUGGAAGACCUCACGUCCAUCGGGGACAGACGCUUGAUUCAAGGAGAGGAGCUCGUCCCUGAGCAAGUUAACGAUGGACCGACGGCUGAUGACGCAGCUUCAAAGUCCUGCAGUGACUCUGGAACCACAGACAUCGCUCCAGAAACUCAACACACCCCCGAAACCCAGCGUCUCUCACAAUCUGCCUUCGAUCCUCAUUCAGAAGAUCUUCACCCAGCGAACAGCGGCAGGGACGGUAGCCCUCUAACCGAAACGCCGUCUGACCAUGCGGCUGAAAACACGGCCUGCGAUUCGAGGCCUGACAUUUCUAACGGCUCGGAGCCGAGCAGCGGUGGGGCUCGUACCCCCGGUGCCGCCGAGCUGCCGAGAACACCCCCCCAAAGCUCGCCAGCCAGAAAGUCUAUGGUGCCGGUCGCCAUUUUCAAAGCUCAAGCAAAGAUGGAUAACGGCGCCGCAGAGAAGACUCAAACUGCCACCUCACCACCGUCCGCCCUUUCACGACCGUCCGUAGUCGCCAAGGGCAACAAAACACAAGCGCCCCCCCGAAACGGCCACAGCUCCAUCCCCGUUAAAGCCAGCAGCCCAGGGCCCGGGCAGCCCGGAACUGGUGCAAAGUUUCAAUCCCCAGGACCGAAGAUUUCUGUGAGAAUUGCAGCUCAACCAGCUAGUGCCAAGAAACCUCCCACUCCAAAAAAUGAAAAAGAUGCCGUGAGUGGACACAGCAGCCCUGGAACUCCCAAGUCCCCGUCGGGCAAAGCACCUCCUGCCAAGUCGGCGGCCGAGGCCAACAAGGUGAAGAAGGUCGCGGUGGUGCGCUCAACGCCCAAAUCCCCGGGCUCCCUGAAGAGCCGCCCGCCGGCUCCUCUGGCCGCCGCCGCGCCGAUUCCGGACCUGAAGAACAUCAGGUCCAAGGUCGGCUCCACAGACAACAUCAAGCACCAGCCUGGGGGGGGAAAGGUUCAGAUCCUGGAUAAGAAGCUGGAAUUAGGUGACGUCCAGGCUCGCUGCGGCUCUAAAGACAACCUGAAGCACACGCCCGGAGGAGGCAAGGUACAAAUUCUUGAAAAGAAGUUGGACUUAAGCAAUGUGCAGUCCCGGUGCGGCUCCAAAGAUAAUAUAAAACAUGUGGCCGGUGGAGGAAAUGUUCAAAUUGUGCACAAAAAGAUUGACCUGAGCACCGUUCAGUCGAAAUGUGGAUCGAAAGACAACAUCCGUCACAAACCAGGCGGUGGAAACGUGGAGAUCAAAAACGAGAAGGUGGACUUCAGAGGUCAGUCCAAGGUCGGUUCUCUUGGAAACAUCGGCCACGUCCCCGGAGGAGGACAGAAAAGGAUUGAAAGCCACAAACUGAGCUUCCGCGAGCAGGCCAGGGCCCGCACCGACCACGGCGCCGAGAUCGUCUCCUUGGAAGACUCCCCCCACCAGCUCAGCACCGUGUCCUCCUCCGGCAGCCUCAACAUGGCCGACUCCCCGCAGCUCUCCACGCUGGCUGACCAGGUGUCCGCCUCCCUGGCCAAACAGGGCUUGUGAAUGCACCCGCCCGCCCCGCCCUCUCUCCUCCGCCACCUCAGAAACACGACCACGUAGACGAGUUGUGAUGCCUUCCUCGUUGUUUUCACAGGACUUUUUUAGCUCCCAUCACUGUUUAUCCCUCACUAACCUUUAAAACAGCUCUCGGGCCGUAACUAGUAGAGUAAUCAAGAAAAAAAAUGGAGCGUAGGCCAAAAUGUCUUUGAUUUCUCUCUGUGGUCUUAGAUCUCUAUUAUUUCCACCUUUUCUAGUCGUCCCUUUAAGAGUUAAAGCAACCCAGCAGAGCUCCUCGUGAAUCUGAUGAAUUCUCUUAUCUUCACAUAUCCUGGUGAAUCUGGUUCAACACUGUAAACCCUUCAGAAAGUUGUUUUUAAUGUCCCCUGAGGUUUUUUUUAUUUUCUUUUCUUAAGUGAUUAGUAAAAACAAGAAUAGCGACAAGGAAAUCGGAGGGAAAUGCCGACUGUUGGGGUUCAGUGUGUGCUACAGCAGAAGGAACAGUUACAGGGUAUAGGUGACGGGCGCGUGAGGAUAAAAACGUUAAAAGAUAAGUAGCAAAAAUGUCUCGUCAACGCAGAAUUAAAAAAGCUUUCAGGCCUCACUGCGUCUUUGCUUCGUCCCGACGUGUUCUGCACCUCGAGGUGCUGUAGGUGACGUGACCUGGAUCUAAAACAAGAAAAGAAAAAAAAAACAGAACAGCUAGAGUAGAAACUUCGGUUUGUGUGGGGCACAGUUUUAUAAUCGUACUCUGUGGAUAUAUGACAUGUAUUUGAUAUGAAGAAACAUUUGUAUUGUGCCUGCUACUGUCAGUGUUUUUUGUUUUUUUUGUUACUGCUCUGUUGUAAAUGCGCUAAAGCUCGACGUACAAGAAGGGAAAGUAAACGUAAAGCAGUAAAAGUGUAACGUUCGUGGCCAAAGUCUCCAGAAACAGAAAAAGUGCUACAUUGUUCGCACUCCCAGGUAGCUAGCUACGUUCAACGUAGUUAAGUCUUAAAACAAGCCACUUAUGAGCUAAUGCUAAAUGCUACAACUAUUUAGGUUUCAAACAGUGUUGAAGAAUCAAAAAGGCUUUUGAUAACAUUAGCUACCACAAGCUAGCCAUCAUACCAGGCCAGUGCUUAUUUUCACAAAUUUACUUAACUUACUUUUUCCUCGAGCUAAAACAUUAGCACUAAUGUAGAAGAAUUAUAAAGUAAUUAGCAAACAUUACUCACAUUAGCCUUAGAAGUUAGCAGUCAUACCAGGCCAGUGCUAAUUUGGGCAAAGGUGCAUUUUGAUGCUUAAUGCUAAGACUUAGCACUUAGCUAAAACAUUAGCAUGAAUAUGGAUGAAUCAUAAAGUAAUUUCAUAACAUUAGCGAACAUUAGCAUUCAUAAUCUAACAGUGUUACCACGCCAGUGCUGGCAACUUAGCUUACUUCUCUAAAUGCUAAUACAACUUAGCAUUUAGCUAGAAUAUCAGCACAAAUCAGGCAUGUGAUAACGUGAGCUAACAUUAGCUACCAUAAGCUAGCGGUCAUCCCAGACCUGGUGCUAAUUUGAGCGGAGGAGCAUUUUAAUGGUGGAUUUUGGCCGAGUUGAGGUGAGGGAAUUUGUUACUGCUUUUUUGUAAAUGCGCUAAAAGUUUGAUGUAUGAAGAAGAAAAUUAGUAUUAAGGAUUUGAAGUGUAACGACAAAUUAGAGUUUAUCAUUGAUGACAGUAUUUAAUCUGCUGUACGCACUCGCUGGUAGCUAGCUACGUUCAACGUGGCUAAGUCUUAAAGCAACGCCACGUUUCUUUUGCCAAGCAGAAGCCACUAAUGAGAUAAUGUUCAAUGCUGCUUCGUGGUUAGCUAAAAAAGUAGCAUUAGUAAACAUAAAGUAAUUUGACAACAUUAGCUAACAUUAGCCUCCAGAGGCUAGCGCUCAUACCAGCCCAGGGCUAAUUUGAGCGAAGUUGCAUUUUGAGCUCACAAAUUCAACUUUUUAAGUUCUCGUCUCAAAAGUUACACACUCAAACUUUAAAGGUUUGAGAAACUAGUGUUUUAAAUCACGUAAGACGAAGAUGUUGAAAUGCGAACGGUUGUCGGGCCGAGAGGGUCGAGGUGAGAUUAGCGCCGCUGACGAUGAGAAAGUCAGAUACAGAAACGCAGGAUUCAUCAGGAUGUGGCUCAGCUGGUUGUUUUCACCUUUGUUGCCGCGUUCCAUUACCAACCCCCCCGAGUUGUGAGAGUUUGUACUGUUUAUCAGCACUUCUAUCGUUAAAUUUGUCGUACACAUAGUACCGUCCAAUUACUGUCUGUAGACGUGUUUCUACGACGUUCGUAUGCAGUGUAAUGCGUUAUUAAGAAUUUGGUUUCGAUAACAAUGGCUAACUGGCUAACGCCUAUCAACUCGGGGUUAUUCGGGUGCGACGUCAUUCCGAGCUCCGAGGUGUAAUGGAACGUAGCAUAAAGUUUGAGUUCCUGGCAAAGAAAACGAGACACGACGUGACCAAAAGUAUGUGGACGCCUGGAUUUUAAACCUGCUGGUGAUUGUGAGCAUCUCCGUUAAAAAACAACGGGCAACAUAAAAAACAAAGAUCAGAGGAAACUCAACAUGAUUUGAAACCUGUUUUCUUCCCUUGAGCCCUGAAAACGACCCAGCGACCCCUAGUGGGGAGUCUGGGGGUGGCGCUGGAGUCUCAGUCCUGAUGCUGGUCACCACUGGUCCAAUAUAUUAUACUCAGAUUCUCUUAAUUGCAACUAAAGAGGCCAAGCCCCGAAUCACAAGUACUGAAGUAGGUCGACAGGCGUGUCCACAUAUUUUUGGCCACAUGAUGUAUUUCACAUAAAGGAAGAUUAAGUUACUCUUCGGUUGAGGCUUUUAUUUUGUAGUUUAACAACCAGCUGCAGAUGAUCUGUUUCCUCUUUUCUUCAUUUGUCAUCUCACAUUCUCAGAAAACGUCCUCUUGAAUUUCCCUCGUGACUUAAUGAGUGAAACAACUUCUUGCAUGCACCUCAUGUAAGAGACGUCUGCUUGUUGCCUCCCUUCACAAAGUGGUCUCUUUGUAUAUCCUGUUUAUAUUUAUGCUUCUGGAUCUGGACGAAUAUGCUGACAACAAAAAAAAAAGAAGACAAAGUGUGUGUGAGGUGAUCAAGUCCCACAAUUUGCUCCCCCCUCUGUAUGUGUAACAUGUUGCUGACAUAGAUAUAAAACUGUAUUUUAUCUCUAUGGUUGCAAAGACGCUUCUUUAAUUUUAAAAAAGGAACAGACAUGAGAUUUUAACAUUAUCUGCAUGCUACAGUGAAUUCACGGUUCCUUCUUCCAUGGAUCGACCACAUUGGACUGGGUGCAGGGCAGACGUGAGGAGUCGAGCACCGAGCGCCUCCUCUCGGCGCUGAGACGUUUCUGCAGUGAGAGGAACUCGUCACCUCGUUUGGUUUCAUUCUGACGCUGUACAGUUGUGGAAAUGUGAUUGUUCUCGUUACUGUGCAUUUGAUCAAUAACUGGUUUAUGAUGAUUCUUGUUGCUGUAUAUGUGUAUUUGAAAAUAAAUGCUAUGAAGUCAC